AUGACUAUAAAGCAACUUUUGUCUGAGAUGAAUUUUGAUUUCUCCAACAAGCAAAUGAUUUUGAAAAGAUACAUAUCGAAAAAAAGCUUCAAAAAUCUCGCUCGUAUUUUUACGCAUUCAAAAUCUGUUCACGCUUAUAAAAUGAAUGCAAAAUUUCUCUUCUUCGCUCUCGCCUUACUCGUUUCUGCCGUCUCCACUUUGGCGGCACCAGCGAUCGUGGUUAACACUGUUUACACUCCACCAAUCUACUGUGAUUACGGAAAUCUGUAUUGCGGUCCAAUUGUCACUGCCACUUCUCAAUAA